AGUUUGCUCAGAGCCAUGAGCCAGCAGACCACGGAGCUGCCUGGGCUGCCAGGGGACACGGCAGCAGCAGCCUUUUCAGUGGCAGACAUCGUCGUGGUGGUUCUGUACUUCGUCUUUAUCCUCGCUGUGGGGAUAUGGUCAUCAGUACGAGCGAGCCGGGGCACUGUUGGAGGAUAUUUUCUGGCUGGAAGAUCCAUGUCUUGGUGGCCUAUUGGAGCCUCCCUGAUGUCGACCGACGUGGGCAGCGGCUCCUUCAUCGGCCUGGCGGGCACGGCAGCAGCCGGGGGCAUCGCUGUCGGGGGCUUCGAGUGGAAUGCCAUCUGGCCACUGCUGGCUCUGGGCUGGAUCUUCGUGCCAGUUUACAUCGCAGCAGGAGUUGUCACCCUGCCUGAGUACCUGAAGAAGAGGUUUGGAGGGCAGAGGCUGCAAAUCUACACGUCUGUGCUGUCCCUGAUGAUCUAUAUAUUCACCAGGAUAUCUACAGACAUUUUUGCUGGAGCAUUGUUCAUCCGAACUGCUUUGGGCUGGAACCUCUACUUGUCCACUGUGGUCCUGCUAGCAGUGACUGCUGUCUACACCAUAGCUGGGGGUUUGACUGCUGUGAUUUACACAGAUGUGCUGCAGACCCUGAUCAUGGUGCUGGGAGCUUUGGUCCUCAUGUUCAUAGGAUUUGAAAAAGUUGGCUGGUAUGAAGGACUUAAGGAGAAAUACAGCACAGCAAUACCAAAGAUCACGGUCCCAAAUACAGACUGUCACCUCCCACGUGCAGAUGCCUUUCAUUUGUUCAGGGAUCCCAUCACAGGAGACCUUCCCUGGCCCGGCCUUGUAUUUGGUCUCACUGUGGUGGCUCUUUGGUGCUGGUGCACUGACCAGGUGAUGGUCCAGAGGUCUCUCUCUGCCAAGAACCUCUCCCAUGCCAAAGGUGGAUCAGUGUUUGCAGGAUAUCUGAAACUCUUCCCUGUGUUUUUCCUUGUCAUGCCAGGAAUGAUCAGCAGAGCUCUUUUCCCAGAUGAAGUGGCCUGCGUGGACCCAGAGGUCUGCAAAAGGAUCUGUGGAGCUGCUGUGGGUUGUUCCAACAUUGCCUACCCCAAACUGGUCAUUGAACUCAUGCCUGAUGGGCUCCGGGGUUUGAUGAUUGCAGUGAUGAUGGCAGCCCUGAUGAGCUCCCUCACCUCAGUUUUCAACAGCAGCAGCACCCUCUUCGUGCUGGACAUCUGGCAGCGGGUCCGCAGGCAGGCCUCCGAGCAGGAGCUGAUGAUUGUGGGCAGAGUCUUCACCCUCGUCCUUGUGGUCGCCAGCAUUCUCUGGAUCCCAAUGGUUCAGUCAGCCAACAGUGGGAAACUCUUUGACUACAUUCAGGCCAUAAGCAGCUAUCUGAGCCCACCAAUUGCAGCCCUCUUCAUCCUGGCCAUCUUCUGCAAGCGGGUUAAUGAGCCUGGUGCUUUCUGGGGCCUCAUGGCUGGCUUUGUUGUUGGUGUGGUUCGGAUGAUCCUGGAGUUCAGUUACAGUGCCCCGUCCUGUGGGGAGGAGGACAGGAGGCCAGCUGUGCUGAAGGACGUGCACUACCUCUACUUUGCCCUCAUCCUCUUUGUCCUCACUUCCAUUGUCACCGUCCUAGUCAGCCUCUGCACCCCGCCCAUCCCUGAAGAAAAGCUGGAUGGCCUCAUGUGGUGGACCAGGCACAAAAAAGCACCUGCCAUAAUCCUGGAAAACAGUGAAGCAGCACAGACUGACCCAGAACAGAAUGAGAAGGACCUAGUGGAAGCUGCAGCUUCAGAGGACAAGGAGGAGGCAGCAGCCAAACGUCCCUGGUGGAAAAUGGUGUACAUGUGGUUCUGUGGUCUGCCCACCAGCCCCACGCCCACGCUGUCCCCGGAGGAGAGAGCAGCCCUGGAGCACAGGCUCACCAGCAUCGAGGAGAAGCCCCAGUGGAAGAUUGUGUGUGACAUUAGUGCCAUUCUCCUGAUGGCCACCAACAUCUUCCUCUGGGCAUAUUUUGGCUGA